UUUUUUCAUUCUUGCUUUUUUUUCUCUCCUUCUUUUAGAGCGCCGCCUCUCACUUUAUUUCUACGUGGGUGAGCAGUGUGUGAGUGGCACCUCCCCUCUCCUCCACAGAGUUUUGCCCCCUUGUAGUUUGCAGCCUUCACCAUGCAUUUCUCCUACACCUGCUGCUGGUCACUAUAGCUAAAGUAAGAGCCCGAGCUUCUUCCCACAGUCAGCUAUUUCUUGGGUUUGGACUCUGGAUUCUGCGCCAUGCCGCGGCACCUAAAGCUCAAACCGGUUCCGUUGCAGGACCGCAUAUUGUCUUUGUAAGUGGAUCUACCUCUUUCUGGUUUUUUUUGUUUUUGUUUUUUUUUUAAACCCCCCCUUUUAAAGGGCGCGGUGGGAAUGAUCUCCUCGUCUCUGGAGAACAUUUACAAAGAGAGGAAAGUGCAUAAAGAGGAGUGAUUGGCUGAAAAAAAAAAAAAAAAAGAAAAAGGAGGGAGAGAUUACCUAGAGACUGUAACUUAGUUGUAGAUGUUCGAUCAGGCCACGACUAUGGGCGAUGGGAGCCACCGCUGUGGACCCAACCCUCUGUGCCCGGACAGGAUGGAGAGCAAAUGCCGGGCGGAGAUCGGAAGCAGGUCCCCGGUGCAGAGCUCCACGGACACCCCGGGAACAUCGGCAUCCACACCUACGUCUUCCAGCGAAGACGGACAUGACAAACUUUUGGGUGUUGACCCUGACUACUGUCGGAGGAUACUAGUGCGAGACGCCAAAGGCACCAUCCGAGAGAUCGUCCUGCCCAAGGGCCUCGACCUGGACCGGCCCAAGCGCACGCGGACCUCUUUUACUGCAGAGCAGUUGUACCGGCUCGAACUCGAGUUCCAGCGGUGCCAGUACGUGGUGGGGCGCGAGCGCACGGAGCUGGCUAGGCAGCUGAAUCUAUCAGAAACACAGGUCAAAGUGUGGUUUCAAAACCGCCGGACUAAGCAGAAGAAGGACACCACUAAGGAUUCAGACAAGCGUUCCUCCUCUACAUCCGAGUCUUUGGCCACCUGCAACAUCCUGCGCCUCCUGGAGCAGGGCCGCCUCCUGUCGGGCCCUGCCCCACCUCCCAACUCCCUUCUGGGGCCUCCAGCUCACCCAGCAAAUGGCUCUCUCCUGAGCAGCCCAGGUGGAGGCUCCUCCACCUCCCCUGGGAUCAGUAGUAGCACUCCUCCCAGCUCCCUACCAGGUGGGACUUUUGGGCUCUCGCUGCCCUCGCUGGGCGGGACCUCGCCAUCACCGCGACUGGGUGUCCCACCGCCACACUCUCUAUGCUUCUCCAUGCCACUGCUUGGGGGCGCUCACCAUGAACUGACGUCCGCUUAUGGCUGCGGUUCCUCAGCUUUUGAGCCUUAUAUGCGGCUGGACAGGAAGGAGGCAGAUCUAGGUGGGAAGAAGACAGUCUCUUAAGUAGCAAGUCCCUCUUUUAGGGACAAGAGGGGACUACGACUUCUAUAAGCUUUUCUCCUCAUUCUUCGCCUGCCUUCUGUUUGAUACAUGAGCAGCUGCCGACUCACAAAGAAAGCACCCUGGAAAAU